UCUUAACGGGUUUGAAUCUGAAGCUUCUCAUGAUGCAUCAUUACUGCUGAGCUCACCGCAUCCAACAGCCACUGGACUCUCAUCAGGAUGCAGUUUAAGAAAAUUAAACUUUUUGGCUCCUCACUCUUGUUUGUGGGAUUGUUACUAAGCAUAGGAAUGUGUGCUAGAGUACAAUCAGAGCUGAGAAUCACAACAAUAAAGCAAGAGCCAUACACAAUGAUUAAAGGCUCACAGCUGGAAGGGUUCUGCAUGGACCUCCUGUCUGAAAUAGCUGUGAAGCUUGGCUUCAAGUACAGAGUGCACUUGGUUAAAGAUGGUUCAUAUGGCAGACAGGAUGAGAAUGGGAACUGGAACGGGAUGAUUGGAGAGGUGGUGAGAGGAGAAGCUGAUCUGGCAAUUGCUCCAUUGACUCUCACUGCAGCUCGGGAAAAAGCAGUGGGAAUGACCAAACCUUUCAUGCAGACAGGAAUCAGCAUCUUGCUGAGUAAGGACAUUUCAGAAGGACCAGUGUUCUUUCAUUUUUUGACACCAUUCUCAACCGAGACUUGGAUUUGCAUCCUCGUAGCCUACGUGGGGACUGCUGUCUGCAUCUUUAUAGUUGCCAGACUCAGCCCGUGUGAGUGGAGUCAGCCGCCGAGUGAGCACAACAGAUUCAGCCUUCUCCACAGUCUGUGGUACGCGGCUGGAGGUCUGACACUCCAAGGUGCAGGUCCUCACCCCAAAUCUCUUUCUGGACGUGUCAUCUGCUGCAGCUGGUGGUUAUUUUCGGUUGUCCUCCUGGCUUGUUAUUUCUCAAACCUCAACCUCACAGAGAGGUCUCAGUUGAUGGUGAAAGGCUUUGAAGACUUGGCCAAUCAGAACGUCAUAGAAUACGGCUGCCUGACUGGCUCUUCCACUCUUGCCUUCUUCAAAAAUUCAAACAACUUGGUGCAUCGCCGAAUCUACGAACAGAUGGAGCGAACAAAGAGUUUGGUGUCGUCUAUGGAAGAGGGUGUCCGUCGUGCAAAAGAGGGUAACUUUGCCUUUAUCGGCGAGUCUGUUUCUCUUGAUUUGGUUGUGGCACGCCACUGUGAACUUGCCAGAGCACAAGAAGUCAUCGGCAUGAGAGGAUACAGCAUUGCUACCAGCUAUGGCUCGCCAAUCAUAAAGAACCUGAGUGUGGCGAUCUUACAGCUGAAUGAGGCAGGAGAGUUGGCUUACCUCCAAAGCAAGUGGUGGGCGAGCAGCUGCGUUGUAGGCAAAGGGAAGUCUGCUUCUGCAGAACCACACAGCCUUAAAGGGAUAUUUUUGGUUCUUGGCCUGGGUCUGAGCCUGGGGACAGUGCUGGCUGUCCUGGAGCUCAUCUCCAAAAGCCGCAGCCGUGCAGCGUCACAGAAGAAGUCCUGCUGCUCUGUGCUGAUUGAUGAACUGAACCUCCGCCUGAGAAUCAAUAACACAAACCCAUCACAGGAAACUACAGAUAAAGAAAAAGCAUAAACGCUUCGUUAAAAACACAUGUAGGUUUGAUGAUUAGAUAACAUUUUUUUUUUAAUAAGGUCUUCUUUGUUAGAGAACAUUAUUAUUGUAUUUCAGCAUCUGUUGUAACAUUUGACAUAUUAAACAAUACUAGGACGUUGACCCGUGGGGAA